CCUAUAGUUUCGUCUCUUGUCAAGCUGCUGCUGCUGCGGCGCAUCCUUCUGUGCAGACUCUGUCAGUCAGUGAGUGACUGAAAAUGAAUCCUCUUCCCGACAAUCCAAACCAACAAAAUGCUGACAAAUCCAAUCCCUCUUCCCCACUCUCCACUGCCACCUGCCUAACACGCCCUGAGGUGCUGACGCGUCGUCUUAACAACUUCCGUCGUCUGUCCAACAUCUACAAAGAUGAGUACUGGCACCUCAUGGCCGAACUAAGGAACGCUCACAGUGAGUAUGUAGCCAUUGGCCUUAAUCCUUUCCAGGAUGAGGUGGAGGAGCCUCAGCCUCAGCCUGAACCUGCUGUAUGUGCCUUCGAAGGCUGCCAAACCAGGCCAAUGCCUUUAACCCCAUUUUGCUUUGCUCACAUUCUCUCUGAUCCGAGACAGGUGCUGUAUAAGCCUUGCGAGUUCGUCAUCGCCAGUGCACAGGCUGGACAUGCUGGUUCUGUAACAUGCAGGAAACCGAUAUUGAGUACCAGGGUUCCAGCGUACUGCGAUGUCCACAUGCAAUUGGGUCAGAUGCAUCUCACUAGGGCCUUGCAGGGGGCGGGUCUGAACAUUUUCUCCGCAAGCCAAGUUCAACCUCAACUCCAUCACUUAAUUGCUGAAUUUGUUCGUCAAAUUCAGGCAAAAAGAAGAAAGGUACGGACGGAAGAGAAAUGUAAGAGUGUGGUUAAGAAGGAAGAUGGUACAGCUGAGGGCUGAGGAAGGGAGAUACAGACAUAAACAAUAAUACUUGUUUUGAUUUUAGAAAAUAAAUUGAAAUGAUUGAAUAAAAACUGGCUGGGUUUAAUAAAAUUGGUGAAUUCACCAAUUUUCAUAUUAUGAGUUUGGUUUACUUUUGUGGUAAUGUGAAGUGCAUUGGCUUGCUUUA